GGUAGAACGAGUGCGGCGCCCAUUCGACUCUAAUUUUGGUUGCGGAGCUCUGUUUGACGUUGACGGAAGGGACAUCUAUGUUCUUGAGUCGUCGCCUUCCAUGCGCACCGGGCUAUUAUUCGGCUUCUCCUUCGUCACUCCCCGUUCGCCGAGCCGCCAACAACAACACCGCGGCUCGCAAACUCAACAGCGUUGCGCAGCCCUCGGCAGAGUUCCAGCCAUUCAAUCGCAGAACCCGCCAGGUUUAUCCGCGGGAGUACAAUGCCGUGUCGAUCGCGGCGAGGAUGGAGAAAAUCAACAAUAGAGGCCCGCUGGGCCGGGCGAAGCGGCACAGACUCGAGCAGCAACGGUCCCGACUCCAGGACGGCACCCCCGACCAAGUCCUGACGAUCGAAGCAGAGAGUCUUCUCUCAAAACGGCGGCAGAAUGAUGGAGGUGCAGAUCAUGACGAGGGGUCUCGAGAUGAGGGAGGGGAGACCUCGCCGUCGCGGUCCUCGCGUCCGAAGCCGCACACGGAACUCGAACUGGAGAUCGAGGAACUCUCAUCCACCGGCGACGGACUGGCCUACGCACCGGACAGCAACGCCUUCGUCUACGUGGUCCCCUUCGCGGUGCCCGGGGACAAAGUCCUAGCCAAGACGUUCCCGCAGCGGGAGGAGAAUCCACGGUGGACGCGCGUCGACUUUGUCAAACUGCUCCGGGCCUCGCCGCGACGCGAAGGCGUGACGCCGGGGUGCCGGUACUUUGGGACCUGCUCGGGCUGCCAGCUCCAGAUGCUGCCGUACGAGGCCCAACUCGCGCACAAGAAGACGAUCGUGGAGAAGGCGUUCCGGCACUUCUCGAACCUGGACCCGUCGCAGAUCCCGCCCGUCGACGACACCGUCGGCUCGCCUCUCCAGUACGGCUACCGCACGAAGCUGACCCCCCACUACAGCGGGGGUCCGAGGGGGAAGCCGCUCCGGCGAGGCGACGACCCGCCCCCGUUCGGGUUCAUGAAGAAGAACCUGCCCACGAUCUUGGACAUCGAGCAGUGUCCGAUCGGCACGCCGAUAUUGAACGAGGGCCUGAAGAUCGCGAGGGAGAAGAUGCACGAGUCGUUCUGGAAGAGCAGGACCGGGGCGACGGUUCUGUUGCGGGAGUCGACGAGACGCGAGAUGCUUCCGUCAACGGCGAUGGCAACAGAUACCUCGUCAGGGGCAGGCGAACAGGUGGAAAAGGGAACGGACGAGGUCGCCCCAGAAGGCGAUAAUUCACAGGCUCCAGCCCUCGAAUCUAUUCACGACCUGUCGUCCCUGCCGCUCGCCUAUGCCGGGGAGCCAGUGUCCACCGAGCUCUCGUUCCCGUCUCCGACCUCCCCGGAAAUCAUAUACACGUACCCUCGCUUCCGAGACAUCAAGACCUACACGUCCGACAACAAAGCCUUGACGACCGAGCACAUUGGGCCCUACACGUUCACCACGCGGGCGAACAGUUUCUUCCAGAACAACAAUUCCAUCCUGCCGACUUUCCUAUCCUACAUCCGCGAGAACCUGCUUCCUAAGACGACGACAUCACUCACCGAACCAACGACCACGGCAGCUCCCGUGUCUUGGAUCUCCGGCGGCGCGUCAGAAGGAGCCCCGAAGAUCAAAUACCUGCUGGACGCGUACUGCGGCUCGGGCCUCUUCAGCAUCGCGCUCGCGCCGUAUUUCUCGUCGGUGUUGGGCAUCGACAUCGACGCGCUCUCCAUCUCGUGCGCGCGGGACAACGCGAAACUGAACCACAGCGCCAACACCACCGCCGCAGCAACGGGGCAACAGGCCGGCGAGAGCAACACGGGCUUCAUCGCCGCCGACGCCCAAGCGCUAUUCACCGACGUGCCGUUCCCGCCGUCGCAGACCCUCGUGGUCAUCGACCCGCCCCGAAAGGGCGCCUCGCCAGAUUUUCUGCAGCAGCUGUGCAACUUCGGCCCGCGCCGCGUCGUGUACGUCAGCUGCAACGUCCACACCCAGGCCCGCGAUGUGGGCAUGCUGGUCGCCGGCUUCGGCGGGCGGUGGCGCUACAGUAUCGAGAAGCUGGGCGGGUUCGACUUCUUCCCGCAGACUGGCCAUGUGGAGGGGGUGUGUUUCCUGGACAGGGUCGAGCAGGGAGUGUGAGAUUCUUGAUUCGCCGAUGGAGGACAUGCUGGGUGCAUUGGUGGAUUGGGAUAGCUGGAUGUCUGAGGAGGCGUUGAUAGCGCAGAAAAUCACUCGUGAACGGAGUUGUCGUUGCUGUCCAACCCAUUUCUUUCCUCGGAUGGCAGAACUGUAUAAUUAGACACCCCCUUAGUUCUUCUCCUCCUAGCAGACCUUUUCAAACACAUGGCAGAUCCGACACUUUUGGAGCCCCCAUUCUGCCAUUUUCGAC